AUGUUGUCAGAACAACCAAAUCCCCCUCUCGGCGGGAUUUCACUUACUGGGCAUGAUGGAAAAUCUAGAAGAAAUUGGAUUAGAAGGAUGAUGGCUGAAGAAAAUUAUAUUAAUUCAAUUAAUUAUGAAGAGUUUGAGAAUCCUAGAUCUCUUACCACUGGAAGUUCAAGCGUUAUUCAGAAAGCUUGGUGGACGACUAAGAAUAGGGUCGUAGUCUUAAAACAAAUUUUGCCUGAAGAACCAAGAAUAGAAGAAUCUGAACAUGAAGAGCUUGUUAAAGAGAUUAAAGCAUUUCAUUCUGUAAAUAAUAAUAUAAAUGAUACAGAUCACAAAUAUAUCAUUGAGUUUUUGGGCAUAUCAAGUCCUUUAUUAAUAUAUUAUGAUACUUAUAACCUUUCGUUAUAUUUAGCACUUUCUAAUGAGGAAAAGUUUUUCCUAGUAUUGGAAUACGCAGAUAUAGGUGACUUACACAAUUAUUUAAUUCAAAACUGCUUAGAGUGGGAUCAAAAAGUUGAGAUUGUACGACAUAUAAUAUGUGGUCUUCGUUUCCUACACAAAAAUGAAAUUUUGCACCGUGAUUUACACACGGGAAAUGUGGUUAUUAAGAGCGAUAGUAGUAACAAAUUUGGUAUUAGAGCGGUUAUUACUGAUUUUGGGCUUUCCAGAGUCGUUUCGCGCAAUAGUAUAUCAAAUCAACGUGUAAAAGCACGUUUUCAUUUCAUGGAUCCCAUUAUAUUCAUUGAAUUUCAAAAAAGGUUUGGGGAAAUUUAUGAUUAUCCUUCUGAUAUAUAUAGUCUUGGAGUGAUAAUGUGGGAUAUUUCAAGUAAUGGCCAAGGAAUAUCGAAAGCAAAUUUGCGUGCAGAUUUAGUGAAAAUUUUAUUUGGCAAACGUGAAAAACCAGUGGCUGGAUCCACUCUCUCAUACGUAAAGCUCUAUGAGAAAUGUUGGGAUGAUAAUCCAAGCAAGCGGCCUGACAUUAAUCGUGUUUACGAAUUGAUACAUGAAGAUGAUAUUUUAUUGGGUGAAAAAAUUCCUGCUGAAUUAGACCCUAAUCAGAAUGAUUAUAAUGCAUCAGAUAACAGAACGGUUGGUCGUUAUUUAUUGAGUGUUAUUGAACAAUUUUACGAUGAACAUCCAGUAUGUUAUCUUCUUAAUGGUUUAUUGCGCCGCAUGUGUCCCUGUAUAUCUGACAAAUUAUUGGAUUUCGCAAAUAAGAAACUUCCGAAACAAUUGGCUAGAAUCUUCAGUGAUCUUAAAUAG